GAACGGAGCAGCUGACCUUCCCCUAAAAAGCUUUGUGUCGGUUUCUCCAUUUUCCCGCUGAGAUGCUACUGGCAGCCCGGCCCCCCCACCCUUCCUCCCCUCCUCCCGGGGCUCGCCACUGAGCGCCGCCCCACUCCCUCCCUCCCUCCCCCUAACCCUCCUUCCUCUCCUCCUCUGCCUCCUCCGCAGCCAGGCCAGCUCCCUUUCACAUUGGGUGCUUUGCAGACCCUUGGGAGCCCGCGCACACACCCCUGGACCCGUACCUGACUGACAGCUCCUCCUGAGGGAGCUUGGCUCGCUCGCUGGGGUGGGUGGCCAGAGCCUCGGUCCUCUGUGCCCCCCGACGGCCGGGGGAGGGGGGAAGAGGCCCUGCGCCCCCCUCCCCGUCGCCAACUCCCCCUGGCGGCAGCUCCCAUGGGUGUCGCUGGGCCGCGCCAUGCCUAAGGGGGCGCCGCGAUGGGCCAAGGGGACGAGAGCGAGCGCAUCGUGAUCAACGUGGGCGGCACGCGCCACCAGACGUACCGCUCGACGCUGCGCACGCUGCCCGGCACGCGGCUUGCCUGGCUGGCGGAGCCGGACGCCCACAGCCACUUCGACUAUGACCCGCGCGCCGACGAGUUCUUUUUCGAUCGCCACCCGGGCGUCUUCGCUCACAUCCUGAACUAUUACCGCACGGGCAAGCUGCACUGCCCGGCCGACGUGUGCGGGCCGCUCUACGAGGAGGAGCUGGCCUUCUGGGGCAUCGACGAGACGGACGUGGAGCCCUGCUGCUGGAUGACCUACCGCCAGCACCGCGACGCCGAGGAGGCACUGGACAGCUUUGGCGGCGCGCCCCUGGACAACAGCGCCGACGACGCAGAUGCCGACGGCCCGGGCGACUCGGGCGACGGCGAGGACGAGCUGGAGAUGACCAAGAGACUGGCCCUCAGUGACUCCCCAGAUGGCCGGCCUGGCGGCUUCUGGCGCCGCUGGCAGCCGCGCAUCUGGGCGCUGUUCGAGGACCCCUACUCAUCCCGCUAUGCGCGGUACGUGGCCUUUGCCUCCCUCUUCUUCAUCCUGGUCUCCAUCACAACCUUCUGUCUGGAGACCCAUGAGCGCUUCAACCCCAUCGUGAACAAGACGGAAAUUGAGAAUGUUCGAAAUGGCACCCAAGUGCGGUACUACCGGGAAGCAGAGACUGAGGCCUUCCUCACCUACAUCGAGGGCGUCUGCGUGGUCUGGUUCACCUUUGAGUUCCUUGUGCGUGUCGUCUUCUGCCCCAACAAGGUGGAGUUCAUCAAGAACUCACUCAACAUCAUUGACUUUGUGGCCAUCCUCCCCUUCUACCUGGAGGUGGGCCUCAGCGGCCUGUCCUCCAAAGCUGCCAAGGACGUGCUGGGCUUCCUGCGUGUCGUCCGCUUCGUGCGCAUCCUGCGCAUCUUCAAGCUGACCCGUCACUUCGUGGGCCUGCGUGUGCUGGGCCACACGCUCCGGGCCAGCACCAACGAGUUCCUGCUGCUUAUUAUCUUCCUGGCUCUGGGCGUGCUCAUCUUUGCCACCAUGAUCUACUACGCUGAGAGGAUAGGGGCGCAGCCCAAUGACCCCAGCGCCAGCGAGCACACACACUUUAAAAAUAUUCCCAUUGGCUUCUGGUGGGCCGUGGUCACCAUGACGACACUGGGCUAUGGAGACAUGUAUCCUCAGACGUGGUCUGGUAUGUUGGUGGGAGCAUUGUGUGCUCUGGCGGGAGUGCUGACCAUUGCCAUGCCGGUGCCCGUCAUCGUGAACAAUUUCGGGAUGUACUACUCUUUAGCCAUGGCUAAGCAGAAACUACCAAAGAAAAAAAAGAAGCAUAUUCCACGGCCACCACAGCUGGGAUCUCCCAAUUAUUGUAAAUCUGUCGUAAACUCUCCUCACCACAGUACUCAGAGUGACACAUGUCCGCUGGCCCAGGAAGAAAUUUUAGAAAUUAACAGAGCAGAUUCCAAACUGAAUGGGGAGGUGGCGAAGGCCGCGCUGGCGAACGAAGACUGCCCCCACAUAGACCAGGCCCUCACUCCCGAUGAGGGCCUGCCCUUUACCCGCUCUGGCACCCGCGAGAGAUACGGACCCUGCUUCCUCUUAUCAACCGGGGAGUACGCGUGCCCACCUGGUGGAGGAAUGAGAAAGGGUCUGCAGGUGCAGAACAGAAGUAGGGACUUCACCCGUCCCCCCAAGGAGGGAAGAGAGAGAGGCUGCUAGGCUGGUUCGCUGCAUGGGAAACAAGCCAGCUGGAGAAGAACCUGCCUGCCUCUGCAUGCGGCUGCUCAGUCUUUCCUCCUCCUCCCUUAACAACUAAGUACCGAGCGAGCGAGCGAGCGAGCGAGCGAGCGGGAGGGGAAAGCACGAAGAGGAGCUCAAGUGUUAAUUGUAUUCUCUACAUACAGAUCUUUGCAAAGAAAGCCCUGUUAUUGCUAAGUAUAUGCCGACAGAGGCUGUGAGAGUGACUUGACCAGGCGGCUUGGCCGAGGACACUGGUGGCUAUUAAGCAUCUGGGUGGACCUGCAGCCCCUCCUCACCCUCGGACAGAGUAAAUUCACGCCAUGCAGGUUUGCCGGACGAGUCCGAGUGGCCCGGGCAUUGUACUAAGACGGACGUAGCUUUUUCUACGGCCAAUGGUAACUGACCGUAGAGGAUCACCCUUCUUUCUUCUCUCUCUCUUUUUUUAGAAGUUACCUUUUAUUUGGGGAGGGGGGUUGAAGGGGAGCCUUAGCAUGACUUGCAUGAAGUUAAACAGAAAACCCAGCUAACCCAAACCCACCAGACCCCGCUGUAACUGUAUGAUUACCCUCACCGCCACCAAGAAAAUGGAGAGAAAAGCAAGGGUCCUUUUAUUUUCUUUUAGUGCUCUUUAUUUUGACACAUGGUGUCGGAGCCAAACUGUAACGGCGCUCAGUAGAAAUGUGGACAUUUCUGGGAGUGGGGGGCCAGGGAAGAAGGACGGGGCCGGGGAAUGGACUGCUCUUUGUACACAAGACCCAGAGGGAAGGGU